CAGAUUACCAUUAAAACGGUGACGGAUUGACAGUCCAAACGACAUUUGAAAGAUGUACUGUUGAGUUCGUUUUAUUUCUGUGAUUACUGUAAAAACAAGAAAUGUCGUCAGCAAAGAAAGUUAAAACAAAACAAAUUAUUGAAGUCACUGUAGAUCAGCCUAAAGAAAGACCUUCCACACAGAUACAUUUGAAUGAACAAUUUUCAAUUGAUUUGGAAGACCUUACAUAUAAGAAAACAAAAGAGUCUACGAAUGAAACCACAUUUGACAGGCAAUCAAAAUCAAAGGAAACAAACUAUUUAGAAGAAAUAGACGAUGGGCCAAAAAGGUUGACAACCAGAAGUGACUACACAAGUGUAUGUAGUAUUGAUACCUUAGAUCUCAAACCGCAAGAUGUCGCUGAACAAAAAACGAUUUCUGCAAACCUUGGAGAGAAUGUCAACCUACCUACAGAUCUUAUUGAUGAAGAUCAUUGUGCUAUCUCUGCAGUAUCCCCUGGAAAGUUGCACACAGAACAGAUAACUGAGAAGAAAAGAACAAAAGAUUCUACUUCAGAGUCAAGAGCCCACAGCUUAAACAAAUCAACAAAAGUAAAAACAAAGAAUGACGAUAAAAGGAUUAAGAAAAAUGAUUCAAAGACAAAGACAGUGAAGAAUAAAGGCAAAGAAGACGACAGAGUCAAUUUGGAAUGCAGUAUUCUUUCAAGAAAAGAAGAAUCAAAUGAAACGAGAAGGAGUGUCUAUAGAACAAAUGACGCGGGGAAUGGAAUCGAAAUCGUAUUACCGUCGUACCUUCUCCCUGACGACCAUCAUUUUGAAACAGUCGUUUGGAAUCCAGAACAACGUGGCCUAUUCCUCAAGGAAAACAGUUUCUCUCAUCAAAAUCGGUUUAGAACAGAUAUAUUUCACAUCUACAAGAGAAUACCCAAGGAUGAACAAAAAACAAAAGGAAAUCCUAAAUCUUUAUAUUACCCUGAUAUUGACUCGAGCAAUAUUACAGUUAAAGUACAUAUACCAGAACUAAGCCAAAUGAAUGGACUGUGUCUGCACUUCAGAGCGCAUGUGCGAUCCCGCAAACAAUGGACUAUUGUAGAUACACAAUAUCACCAUCAAGAAGGUAUAGUAACAUUCAAUUGUAACCAGAUGGAUUCAUUUUGUAUCAUAUCAACUCCACGAGAGGAAACCCACACUGUUACACCAGAUGGUUAUGAAUAUGUCUCUGAAGCUGACAGCAGAAUACACGUAGAUUUCCCUCUCGGGGCAGUAUCACAAAAUGAAACGGUAGAUUUCAGGGUUAUACCUUUGAAUAGAGAAUCUAUGGCAUGCAAAAUAGAACGUAAUCCUCGAAAUUGCUUUAUCUUGGCUAUUUCCGAGUGCUUAGCUGUUCGUCAUUCGGUUGUCUCUUUUAACAAGCCAGUUGAUAUACAGCUUCCCGUUGAUGAUUUACCUGGCAUUGACAGUCAAAAUGUGGAUUGUAAAUAUGGAGUCUUUAAAAGAAAGCACAAGGGAAAUUUUUGGUUGACAAAUCUGGAUGUCGAAGAAAGAAACGGGAUUCCUACUAUCUCUGUCAAUAGUUUCAGCGAAUAUGUGAUUUUAAAAGUGAGAUCUGACAUGUUCAGUAAACUGCAGUCGUUGCUGCCAGAAGAAAUCGAAGUAGCUAUUGGUGAUAAGAUGUGUUGCAAAAUUAUGAUUUUCGUUAGCAACAGAAAACCUAGUAGCAUUUCUGUAAUCCUGGAAUGUUGUACCAAAGAUAGCACGGAGGAGGUUACUCAGCGUAGACGUCAAAUGGGAUACGAACUUUUACGACAAUGUCCAAGUCCAGAUUUCUUCUUUCCAGUCAGUCAGAGGAUCCGCGUAGACGUCGGCGGGAGAUUUGCAUUAACAAAACAUAUUGGGAAAGGGUAUUAUUUUCUAACUUUCUUUCCAAUAGCUGCCGAUAAUUUCAUCUGUUUUCCUGUGGAAAGAUAUAACGGUAUGGAAAGUGCCGUGUAUGGUAUCAUAUCAUUCAAAGAAGAUAACGGAACAAAGAAAGAUCUACAUGCUAUUCAUUAUGACCCAUGGAGCAGUAGAGGGAGACCACAGGGGAAACAGCUAACAAUGGCGGGUUCCCGCAGUGCUCCAGUAUCACGGCAAAUGACAGCAGCAUCAGAUGUCAGAAAAUCAAGGGACGAUGUCAAUUUUGAUGAACUAUUUUUCUCGGACAAAGGCCUUCUUGCUGUAGCGCAGGCAUUGAGUCCAGAUUCAAUGUUCAAAGUUGUUAUCAAUUUAGAUAUGACGAAAGUUCAGUACGAACAGAUAACCAAUGACUAUUCUGCUUUAACUACUUCUUCUCGACAUUUGCAAUUAUUGAAAACUGCUUUAGAAGUUAGUAGUUGUGAACCUAAGAUUCAGCGUCUGACGUCAGCUCUUCGUGAUUCCGAUGAAACCAGCAUUGCAGAUAAGGUUGGAGAACUGUAUUAUGAAAAGAUGAGACUUUCAAGGUCAAAUUUAGAAAGAAAGGCAACGGUUGUUACGAUUAAAAGUGAUAAAAACGAAUAAGAAAAACUAUGAAUAUAUUUAGACAGAAUGAUUUGUACAAUGCAUGAAAUAGCUUUUUCGAGAUUUUGUAAUUUGCCGGUAAAUUUAUCUUGUAAUUUUAGAGUUAGUU